CGACCGACCGAACUCUUUAUUAAAACUACUCUUUGACAAGCUACAAAAAUCGUAGUUCUGCCGUUAUUUUUUAAAAUGAUAAUAAAGUUUUCUAAAAUAAUCAGCUGUUCUUCAGAACAUCCCCAGUAUCUUGCUUCUAAUCUUUUAGAGUAUCCAUCAACAUCAUCAUGGUGUUGUGCCAAUUCAAAUGAACUAAUAGCAUCUGUCGUUUUUCAAUUAGCUGAAUCUUCGGUAAUAACAGGCUUGGAGGUCGGAAAUUAUCAGUCAUGUAUCAUAGUUGUAGAAGCUUCUACCUCUAAAGAGCCUGACAAUUGGUUGCCAAUAGUUAACCAUCAGUUUUUAACGCACGAUGAAGCAGCAAACAACAAAUUCAAGGAUCAAGUUCAACUCUUUUCAAAACGAAAUCUGAAUUUUGAUAUAAUCAACAAAAGAUUUGACAGAGUCAAGGUUACAUGUAUGCAGCCAGCUAAUCCAAGAGUGCUAUUUGGUUUGAAAUUCAUUUACUGUAAGUCAGAAGUAAUCGUGGAUUUAAAUUUAGAUGUAUUUGGACGCUUCAAAUUGAAACACGAGGACAACGACAAAGUAGAAGAAUUGAAAGAAACGAAAUUGAAACUUUUCCAUAACAAAAAAGUUAACCAAGAUGAGUUAAGGGAAAUGAUCAAUAAGUCAGGAUUAAGCAAAUUUAGGAACAAACUAGAUACAAAAAAUACUUUUGAUAAUAAUCUAAUUCUAGGAAAAUCAAGUGUAGGCACCAGAUCAUGUUCUAGUAUAGCGGGUCCGUUUACAACAUCAAAUAGUUUGUUUUCUAACGAUUUUUUGUUGAGUAAUAACAAUCAUUCAAUACUCUCAACAAGGACUUUAUUUGGAGAUUUUGUCUCCACCUGUGAUCAAAAGUUUACUAAUAUAUCUCCAAAAAAAACUUGCAAUGAUUUUUGUGGCUUAAAAAAUGAUGAGUUAUGUAACACUUGUUAUUUGUUGUCCGUGCCAAGACAAAGAUCAAAAAACAGGAUUGGAGUUAAAAAAACAAUUCAAUUCAGUAAGCUUCUCAAAGAUGUUGUGUUUUCUCUGAGUGGUUAUGUCAACCCUCAAAGGGACGAAAUUAGAAGAAAAUUGCUGUUAAUGGGUGGAAAAUACAAUGUUAAUCCUAACAUAACUAACAAUAAAUGCACACAUUUAAUAUGUGCUUUUCAAAACACUCCAAAAAGUCGAAAGUUAAUAGGACACACUAAGAUAGUUAAUCACCAAUAUAUUGAAGAUUGUUUUAAUCUGAAAAAAAGAUUACCAUGGAGACGAUACGCUCUCGAUAGCAGAGAAAGAAAUCAUCCAGAAAGCGAAGAAGAAGUUGAAGGAAGUGAGUUCCCAGUUACCCAACCAAGCAUCUAUAAUCAAGAAACUGAUGAUUCUGAUUCUUGUUAAUACAUUUUCUGUGAAAUUUGGCCUCUUAUGGAUCACUUAUCAUGACAAUUCUGGGACAACAAGCCACUUGGAUUGUCCUACGCUUAAAAAAAUUACACAUUCUGAAAGACCUGUAAUAUUAUAAAAGAGAAAUUACGCAGAAAAAACAUA